AUGGGUAUCUUGAACUCGAAACCCUCCAAGCUCAGGCAUGCCCGAGUUCUGCUCCUGGGACUAGACUCCUCCGGGAAAUCAACGGUCCUUUACAAGCUAAAACACAUCAAGGACUUCACCACCUUCCCAACGGUGGGCUUCAACGUGGAGAUGAUAGAGCUGGAGAGAAACGUCAGUCUCACGGUGUGGGACGUCGGGGGGCAGGAACGGAUGAGGAGGCUCUGGGGCCAUUACUGCGAGAACACCGACGUCCUGGUGUACGUGGUGGACUGCGUGGAUCAUCAGCAUCUGGAGGAGUCCCGCCGAGAAUUCGAGCUGAUCUUAAAAAACGAGCACAUCCGCCACGUGCCGGUGGUGUUGCUGGCCAACAAACAAGACUUGCCCGGAGCCCUCACGGCCGAGGAUAUCACCCGGAAAUUCCACAUGAAGAAACACUGUGGUGACCGGAACUGGUACGUCCAGCCUUGCUGCGCCACCUCGGGGAAAGGCUUAGCUCAAGGCUUCUGCAAAGUGACCGAGUUCGUCAAAAGCAGGAAGUCCAGAGAAGCAAUAACUUGGGACUUUUUCAAGCAGAAUUAA